AUGGAUCCCCCGGUGCCGGCCGAGGUGGUCGUGUCGUCGCACUCUUCCUACGUAAAGGGCGGCGGGCGCACCGACCGGCUGCUGUCGGGCGACGCGAGCACCGGCAUCACCGUCGUCGGCGGCGACGGCAUCCCGGUGGUGUACGGCGUGCGCGUGCACGAGACCGAGGCCGAGCGCAACGCCCCCGUCUGGCGCAACGCGCGCGUCAUCGACAACAAGCUCUUCCCGGGCGGGGGCUCGCCGCCGCCGCCGCUCGGGCGCAUCCUGAGCUACGGCAGCGGGCCGGCGUUUGGCUUUCAGCGCCCGAGCACGUCGAGCACGCUGCCGCCGUUCUACUAUCAAUCGUACUACGACCCUGAGCGGAAGACGGAGCGGAAGACGGAGCGGAAGACCGAGCGGCCUGGCGCCGGGCGCUUCCAGUACCCUGCGCAGCAGUCGGUGCACAGCCAGGCCUUCAAGGUGGUGCAGGGGCCCUCAAUCCGGCCCUCUCGGCAACCAAUCCUCGCCGAGGAGCCGGCCGCCGACGGCGGCUCCCACCCAGCGGUCGCCUACGAGCCGACCACGCCGCACGCGGCGGCGACCCUGACCACCUCUGCGCCUGUGUACCACGCCUACCUCGACCACAGCUUCAACCGGCCGGUGGGUAGCGACCAGACGCUGAGGCGACCCGAGACGCAGCUGCAGUACACCUACACGCCUGAGAACAAGCUGCAGUACAGCUACAGCGCGCCGGCGGCGGCGGCGGCGGCGGGCAGCAAGUUCCACGCGCAGAGCGGCCUGCAGGCGCCCGUCUCCUCCUACAAGGCGCCCGUGUCGCGGCCGACGGUCGCGGCGUAUCCGGCGUCGGUCGGGCAGCAGGCCGCGCCGACACGCCAGCGGCCGACGGCGCCGCAGCGGCCGGGCGCGCAGUCCCAGUUCGAGCACCGGUUCCAGACGGUGCCAGCGCCGGCUUCCUCUGGCGGAUUCCGCUUCCCGACCGAGGGCAGCAAGGAGAAGCCGGCCGGCCAGAUCCUCUCGCCGGGCUCGUACCAGCUGCCCGAGGCGGCCACCAAGUUCCAGAACUCGGUCGACCCGUUCUCCGGCCGCCCGGUCAGCCCCGAUCAGUUCAAGAUCAAGCAGAUGGCGUUCCAGUCGGUGCCCGGCGGGCCGAUAGUCAACAUCCCCGUGCCGAUCCCCAACGGCCAGAAGACCAAGCCGUCGCGCAAGCCGAGCCGUCGCUUGUCCUUCCUCAGCGGCCUGUUCGGCGGCUCGAAGCGGCCGUCCAAGGACCGCUUCAGCCAGCAGCAGCAGCAGCUGACCGGCGCGCCGUCCACCUACUACGCCUCGGGCCAGCAGUACGACCAAUACGACCCGUACGGCGCCGAGUAUGACCAGAACGGCUUCCGCAAGCCGACGCUGUACGACACCCUCACGGACCCGAUCCGCAAACUGGGCGAGAACGUCAUCGAGUUCACGAAGCCGGUGACGCAGCCGUUCCGGGACGCGACGGACCGGCUGACCGAGGAGCUGGGCCUGACGGCGCCCUACCCCACCGACCAGCCGACCGACAAGCAGGGUGGCGGCGGCGAGGCGCUGCUCGUCGGCGGCCUCGUGGCCGGCGCCGGCGCGCUGGCCGGCCUCAGCUUCCUCGUGUACGCCAACACGGUGACCAACAACACGCACUACAUCAUCGGUCGGCGGCGGCGCUCGCUCGGCGACGAGGACGAGUCGCUGCUGACGAACCUGGUGGACGGCCUGGACGAGGUGCAGGCUGACUUCCUCGGCGCGCUGCGGCGCGAGGGCUUCCACCAGUGGAGCCGCGGCCCGUGUGCGAAGCGCAUCUUCUGCGACUUCAUGACGCGCCAGGACAGCGGCACCGUCAGGAGCGUCGGCAGCAAGGUCACCACCUUCCUCUCAUACCUGGACCGGGGGGAGCCGGACGGUCUGAUGGCCCAGGCGCGGCAGCUGCAGAAGGCCAUCGAGCGGCGAGAGUGCGCCCUCUUCAGCUGCGGUGGCGACACGGUCGACCCCAGCCGCAUCAAGGUCGUCCCCAGCUCAACGUCAGGCGCCGAUGGUGACAAGAAGCGCCGGCCAACCGAGCUCAGGCCACGCUAGAUCGGGUCUGAGCAGACCCUCAGGCCGCGCAGGUCUGGUCUGAGCAGACCCUCAGGCCGCGCCAUGUCCGGUCUGCUCGAGUCAGACCGCGUCAGAUCCGGUCUGCUCAAAUCCAGACCUUAUCAGGUCCGGUCUGAUCAGGUGCAGGCCUCGCUUGGCCUGGUUUGACCAGAUGCAGACCUCGCUCGGCCCGGUUUGACCAAGCUCAGGUCCCCACGAGGCCCAGUCUGACCAAGCCCAGGUCCCCAGAGGCCCUGUCUGACCAAGCCCAGGUCCCGUGAGGCCCGGUUUGACCAAGCUCAGGUCCCCUGAGGCCCGGUCUGAUCACACCUUUGGUCGCACUCCGACGUGGCGGUAUCAAACCGGGACUCCACCGAUUACCGAGGCUACGCCGGCGUCUAUCGAGUGGCAUGACGCAGAAUCAGGACUCUCCACUGUGUCGGGACGGGACCCGUGGAUCUGCUGUGCGCUGUGGUCGACUCCCGUGCCGUGGCUCCAACUCCAAGGGUCACGGACGCGACACGGGGAGACCGCUGCCUCCGGUCAGCGCCGCUGACUCGUCCUUCGCGCCAGGCUUGCUUCAAAGACAGGUCAUCAACACCCGCGGUGCUUUAACAGCGAUGAACCGAGCACUCAUGUCCAGCGGCCCGGCAUCCAGGACCGCGCGGCGCCUAGCUGGCUUGUUCCGGGACUGCGGUGGCUGGGCGCCGCACGUGGGCGGCUCGGAACCGGCGCGUCGUGACGGAGCCGACCCGGGGUCACGACCCGCGGCGGGCGGCGCCUGACCUCUGACCUGGGCCGGAUGUGGCGGACGGAAGCGGCCGGCGCGCUCCGCCCCGCGCUCGAGCCCUCUCGCGGCCCGGAUCCGCACCGACCCCCGUUGCGGAGAGGUGCUGGCCGGCGGCCGUUCCGUGCGCUGUGUCUCGCUGCUGCGCGCGCCUAUCGGUCGGCGUCGGAUCCGACGGGCACCGGCUCGGUCUGACGUGAAUCGCUCUGUUGCCGUGUGGCGAUUAGUACGGAGGGGUUCGCACGGCUGUUGCGUUGCUCGCCGUGUUGUUCUGAACACUCUUCAGUGUUCUUUGUUGUUCAUGUUUGGAAAGGCUUCGCCCGGGUUCAAACAGGCGAAUGAAAUGGUCGCCAACAGGCUCCACCGAUUUUGCAUGCGUGAUGAUAUUCCCGUUGUGGUUGGGCUACAACACCACCGCGUUGCUGCCGUACCGCCGACCGUUUCGUGUCAGGUGAACCGGCGGUUUUCGUUCGCAUAUGUUGAUUAUUUAUUUCGCACUAAUUACUGUCAUAUAUACAUGAUCGGAACGUCGCACGGUAUUGGGAAGCCCGCCAGAGCUUGGUCCCCGAUAUGACGCCUCGGCUCAUGCCAUUGUCCCGAUGCGUUGUUGGCCGACCGUUGAACUAUGGAAGCUUGCACCCCAGGCGGUAUUUGUACUCCCAAAGGGAAACCACUAAGCAGUAACGCAGACCAUCCGGAUAGCUGGAUCCACGUGCUCAACACAGUUGUGCCGUUUGCUGCACCUAAGUCAUCGCACGUACACAAGUGUAAGAGCGUGCUCAAAUGGACGUGUCCACGAGCUAUUGCGCAGUUAAGGGAGCGUUCUGCUCGCUGUGUGUUCAUCAUGUUGUGAGACAGUGUGUUUGGCAGAUAUGUAAACUGUGUGGAUUGCUAUAUGUAGCCUGAUCAACAGUGUAGGUGCCUUGACAGCAACAGCAAUGUAUGUGAAUAAACAUCAAUCCUGUGUAA